AUGGGGAUGGAAUACACUUCGGACAUCGCUGUCAGAUUAACAAUCUUUUAUCUGAAGGUCGUCGGCUUCUGGUUCGCCGCUAAUCGAUUGCAACAAUUGUUCAGAUGUCUCACGGUGAUUUAUACUAUUGUCAUGAGUGUAUUUGCUUUGUGGAUACAGAGCAUGGGGAUUUACUACUGCUGGGGUGAUUAUACUAUGUGCACGUAUAUCUUCGUGAACAUCCUGGGUAUAGCCAUCUCUUUGCUGAAGCUUUGUUUGCUAUUAGUUCAAAAGGAAAAGUUUCUUCGUCUGAUAGAGUUUAUGCAGAGGAAUUUCUGGCACUCGAACUAUAGUCAGAAAGAGAUUAAAAUCUUCGCUGUGAAUAUCGGAAAGAAUGAGUCAGAGAGGGUGCUGCUCUUUCAUAUGUGGCUGGAUCUACCCUUGUCUACGACACCAUACUUUGAAAUAAUGUACGUUCUUCAGGUUCUAAGCUUGUACCAAUGCGACGUCGGUUACAUUUGCUUCGACAAUAUCUUCUGCGUCAUGUGUCUGCAUUCUGCUGGUCAAUUUCGUAUAUUGCAGUACAGACUGAAAAAUGUCCACCAACUGGCUAGCAAACAUGAAGAUAAUUCGAAUAACAGUGCAUCAUAUUUUUCGUACAAAUGUUUCGUGGUGUUUAAAGAUUGCGUACGACAGCAUCAGAUUAUUAUUGCAUUCUGUAAACUGUUUGAAGAGGUGUUCAAAGUAAUUGUACUCUGCCAAGUGAUUAUGUUCAGCAUGCUGGUGUGUUUGGUUGGAUAUCAAAUAUUUCUGGUAGAUUUAAACCUUCCAAUGCGUGUAUCUCUGACAUCCUUCAUAAUUUCUAAUUUGUGUCAGCUAUGGGUGUUCACGUACAGCUGCGACACCAUGACACGAGAGAGUUUGAGUGUGGGUACAGCGAUGUACGAAGCACCAUGGCCGCAACUGCCAACAGAUAAAUUUGGGAAAAUGAUACGAAAAGAUAUGCAAAUUGUCAUCAUGAGGUCGAAACGAGGCUGUCACAUAACGGCCUGUGGAUUCUUUCCUAUAUCUCUCGAAACUUAUACCAAGAUUAUGAGCACCGCUAUGUCAUACUUUACAUUGCUAAAAGGGAGUACAAUAGACGUUGAUACAUAA